ACGCAACCUCCGCCUCCGGAGAUUAACGCUUCUCUGCGGCAGCAGCAGCGGCAGGAAUCCGGCCACAAAUCCACCUGCCAGCUGCUGCACUCCGGUCCUAAUGACGAUACCUCACUCCCCAAACAUCACCACGCUUCUGCCUUGUUUUGUUCCCCAGUACUUUUCUACCCUUUUCAUACACCACUAGGUAGUUUUACUGGCGCACAGUAGCCUAGAAUGGAGCUGAAGCGAGACAAGGAGCAAGAUGCAGAGUUUGAGAAGAUAACUGCGGCGGUGCUGAAGUCGCACACGGGAGAGUUUGACCUGGAGUCCAUACUGUUCCUCAAAUUCAGAUGUUUAGGGAUCCACGACCUUGGGUGCAUCGGCGAAUGUAUGAAUCUGGAGCGACUGGACCUGUCUGGAAACAACAUCACCAGUUUAUCGGCGCUGUCGUCGCUUCGGCUGCUCUGCGUUCUUAAUCUGUCUUCCAACAGGAUUUGCAAUUUAGAGCCACUGCACGGCUGUGAGAGUUUGCAGAAUCUGAACGUGGCUGGUAAUUUCAUAUCCAGCACAGAAAACCUCCAUUGCCUUCAGUCUUUGAGAAAGCUGGAAAAUAUUCGUCUUAAAGACAACACCUACAACUACUCCAAUCCAGUGUGCCGGAGCGCUUCAUACAGAGCCACGGUCCUUGAGAUGUUUCCUCACAUCAAAGUCCUGGAUGGUGAGAGAGUUGUGGGUCGUGGGAGCGACCUGUACCAGUUAUGUAAGGAUAUUGACGACACUAUUAAAGCUGCUUCGUACAAGAAUGGACAGAUAAUGGAGCAUCAUGACUGCAAACCCUGGGUGGAGGAGAACUACUGGGACAUCAAGAGGUCCAACAAUGCCAUCGUUGAAGAGGCUUAUAAACAGUUCAAUGAUGUUCUUCAUGAGUGCAGGCUGCUGAACAACAGAGCCACUCACGUCAUCUCACAAACUGAAAGGUCUAUGAGCCUGAAGAAGCAGCCAAAGCAGUACGCCAUCUGAACGAGGGGGGAGUAAGACGUGUUUAUACGUACUGUAUGGGUUUAAAUGACCAAGCUAUAUCCAAAUGCUUACCACACAUUGCCAUACUCACACGACCCGUGGCUUACUGUGCAGCACUUGUUCAGAUCCUACACGACAUCCUAUGCAUUAUGUAUCAGACGAUACAGGUGAGUGCUUUGAAAACCUUUACCCACGCCGAUGCUCCUCAGUUGGGUUUACUUGCACAGUGUGCUUCCUGUGCUCCACUCCAGCCUCCAUUUAUGCUGAUAGAUCUGCUGCUAAUAAGAAGAGUAGAGAUUCAAUCAAGAGCUUUUCCAUUCUGCAUCGCUGGAUCAUGUUUGUAGCCGCCAUGUUGCUGUGUGCUUUGAUUUCUGCGACACACGAUGACAUGAAUGGUUUGUACUUGCUUUUUUAACAUUGCAUUUGUUAGGCAAAUGGCAUAAUUGUGG